GCGGGAUUUCACGAGACAUAUGUCAAGGUUGAGUGGAAGGUCACCUUCUCAAGCAGCCGAUGCAUACCCUUGUGGGAGGUGCUUAAUUUCCAAAAAUGGAUAGUACCAGUACUAGCGGGUCUAAGCAUCCCCCACCGCCCCAGUCGUAUAGGAGCAGGCAAGAUAGCGUCAUGGCGUUACCGGGAAGAGAAGGACAGGAACUUACCCACGGAAGUGGGGCUGGGAAAGCCAUCGGUGUCUUCACCAGUGGUGGCGACUCUCAGGGUAUGAACUCUGCUGUCCGGGCAGUAGUGCGUAUGGGAUUUUAUCUAGGAUGCAAAGUCUACUAUAUCAGAGAGGGUUACCAAGGAAUGGUGGACGGUGGAGACCACAUACAGGAGGCUACCUGGGCCAGUUCUUCUGGGAUCAUGCAGAUGGGAGGGACUGUAAUUGGCAGUGCCCGAUGUGCAGAUUUCCGUUCAAGAGAUGGUCGUCUAAAGGCUGCAGAAAAUCUGGUCAAGUGUAACAUAACCAACUUAGUGGUGAUUGGUGGAGAUGGAAGCUUGACCGGUGCCAACCUUUUCAGGAUCGAGUGGUCAAGUCUUUUGGAUGAACUGUUAGAAGCUGAGAGGAUCACACCUGAUCUCCACCAGCAGUGCAGCCACCUGAACAUUGUAGGGAUGGUGGGUUCUAUAGACAACGACUUCUGUGGUACCGACAUGACCAUUGGUACAGACUCCGCCCUACACAGAAUCAUAGAGGCGGUAGACGCUAUUGCAACAACAGCAUCUAGUCACCAGAGGGCGUUUGUGUUAGAGGUGAUGGGGCGUCACUGUGGAUAUUUGGGUUUAGUGGCUGCCCUGGCCACAGAAGCUGACUGGGUUUUUAUUCCUGAAUGGCCGCCAGAGGCCGGCUGGGAGGAUACCCUCUGUAAUAAACUAUCUGCCGAGAGGGCUCUAGGUCAAAGGCUGAACAUCAUACUGGUGGCUGAAGGAGCCAUAGACAGAGAGGGAAAGAGCAUCACAGCAGAAAUGGUCAAAAAUCUGAUUAUAGAGCGUCUGAAAUACGACACCAGGAUCACUGUACUGGGACAUGUCCAGAGAGGAGGCAAGCCAACCGCAUUCGACAGGAUUCUGGGGGCUCGGAUGGGAGCGGAGGCAGUACUAGCCCUGAUGGACGCUGCCCCAGGCACGCCCGCCUGUGUUGUGUCACUGGACGGUAACCAGACUGUGAGAGUCCCUCUCAUGGAGUGUGUACAGCGGACAAAGGCCGUACAAAAUGCGAUGGAUGCUAAAAACUUUGAAGAAGCUGUCCGUCUUAGAGGAAAGAGUUUCCAAAACAAUCUGGCUACAUACAGAAAGUUGAGUAAGCUGCGACCACCCAAGGGGUUAUGUGACAGCUCUGGUAAACACUGUGUUACUGGAAAAAAGUUAGCUGUGAUGAACAUUGGUGCUCCAGCCUGUGGUGCCAACGCAGCUGUCAGAUCCUUUGUCCGCCUCGCCUUGACCAAAGGUUACGAAGUGCUUGGAAUCCACGAUUCAUUUGAUGGGCUACUUUAUGGAGAUGAAAACCCACAUGAGGUUUUCUUUGAUUUCUCUGAAGGAGACGAUGACCACAGGAUAAGGGUGAAAUCUUUGGCCUGGACAGAUGUCCAGAGCUGGACAGGCAGGGGUGGAUCUCUACUGGGAACCAAGAAGAUUGUAGCUAGUAAGUACGGGAUGGACAAGAUCGCGGCCAAACUGAAGGAGUAUGACAUCAGUGGACUAUUGAUUGUGGGAGGAUUCGAGGCCUACCACAGCGCUCUACAAAUGGCAGAGGCUCGAGAACAGUUUGACGCCUACUGCAUUCCCAUCGUUGUGAUCCCUUGUACCAUUAGUAAUAACGUCCCCGGCACCGACUUCAGUCUCGGUGCUGACACUGCUCUCAAUGAAAUAGCAGAUAUCUGUGAUAGAAUCAAACAAUCAGCCACAGGAACAAAAAGGCGUCUGUUUAUUGUUGAAACCAUGGGUGGCUAUUGUGGUUACCUGGCAACCAUGAGUGGUCUGGCUGGAGGUGCAGAUGCUGCUUACAUCUAUGAGGAAAAAUUUAAUAUCACAGAUCUGAGGAAUGAUGUUAACCAUUUGAAGGAUAAAAUAAUCACUGCUGGUGUUCAACGAGGUCUCAUUCUGAGGAAUGAAAAUGCUAAUGCCAACUACUCGACAGACUUUGUGUUUAAUCUUUUCUCUGAGGAAGGGAAAGGCACAUUCACCUGCCGUAAGAACGUGUUAGGACACAUGCAGCAGGGGGGAGUGCCCUCUCCAUUUGACAGGAAUUACGGAACAAAAAUGGCCAGCAAAGCUGUCGACUACAUCAUUGGAAAAAUUGAGGAAAAUACUAAAGAAGAUGGUACAGUGUACAGUAACAGUCCCGAUUCAGCAGUGUUACUGGGAAUGACCAAGCGACAUCUCUCAUUCACACCUGUUCAGGAGCUGCGGGCAGAAACUAACUUUGAACAAAGGCUCCCAAAGAACCAAUGGUGGCUAAAACUGAGACCAUUGCUUAGGAUUCUUGCCAAACAUCGUGAGACGGCCUACGUACCGGAGGGCGUGGCGUGCGGCGUGGACGAGGUGGAAGACGAGGACAAUGCAUAAUCCCCACACAAAAUAUACACGUGUUGGUGACUCGUUUAGAAGAUUUGGGAAAACAUCGGAAAAUGUGGAAGGGGAAACUAUUAAUAUCAAUAGUUCCAUGUUGUUUUGAUUGAACUAAGGAUCCUGGAAAACAUCUGGAAAUAUUUAAAAUUUACACUUUAAUGUGAGUGUUGCCCGAGAAAUAGAAGAUGAGGACAACACCCAAUCCUCAGACACAGACUUGCAUGGCUUGUGACUUGUAGUGCGUAACCAAUGAUCUGAUUUGCUGCUUUUCAAGCUUAAGUGCGCAAAAAAGAAGAAAAGACAAAAAUCUCUCGAUUAAAAAAAAAUACUACUGCAUAAUUUUAAUCAAAUUUUCAUGAUUAUGUUGAUUUUCUCACUAUGUUCUGUUUAGGAAUGAAAUUUAUUAGUACAUAUGAAUAUUUCUCACAUAGAUGCAUAAAGGGCGGGAAUGCUGUCAAAAUAUGUCAAUCUAAUUAAAAUUAUAUCUUCGCAUCGCUCCUGUUUACUGAUAUGUCACGUGUGAAUAUAAAUAGAUUAAAAUUUGUAUACAUAGAUCAGUGCUUUUGGUUCGUAACCUAUUUUUUGACAAGUCCAUUUUCAAAUGUUGAAAAGAAAUAUCAAUAGAAGUAAAAAUACCCACCUUUUAACACAGUGUUUUAUUCAGUUUUGCGAUAUAGAAUUUCUAUGGGUCGUGAAUUCACGGUUUUAUAAAUGAUUUUAUAGAGUAGGUGAUGAGAGAAACAGGGUAUUAUGUGAUAUUGGACAUGUAUGUCGGUGCAAUCUUACAGCACCUAGAGACUGUGAUAAAGAAUACAACAGGUUCUGUGUAACAUUAUAUUAUAAUACAAUUUGUAUAACGUAAUGUUCACAGAAAGAUAAAUUGCGGUCAAAUUUUUAGUAUUGAUCCUGGAACAAAUUUGAUGGACAUAAUUUUUGGGUGAAACCCUUUAUAACAAGAACAAGUAAUUCACAGGGUUUUAUUUCGCAUAUUUUUUAGGCUCCUAAUAUAACAAGAUUAACAACUCUAUGGAAUACAAACUAUUUAUAGUACAAACAGAAUGAAUGUACUUAACAGAAAUGAUAAUAGCGUAAAUGUCAAAACAGAAAGAAAAUUGUCAACAAAAUAGCAUAUCCUGAUAAGAAAUAUUAUAUAUUAGGCCCAGGAAAAAUAUUGUAAGGGAACAGAGAUCAUCAGAUAAGUGUAUCCCUACUUCCUCACCCCAACGAACCCUGCACAUGUACAGGUGUCCUUAUACCCGGUCUAGCCUGAUCCAGUGUAUAAUGUACCUGAAUAUUGACGUACAGAUGUAGUAGUAUAAGUGGUGAGCUUUUCUCUGUUAUUAUACGAUAUGUUUGUUUCACAGGGUCUAGAAAUAGCAAUACAAUUUCUGCAUAAUGUAGCCAACACUGUUGUAAUAUAUUACGAUUGAGGACAAGAAUUGAAAUCCCUGAAAUCAAAUGUAUUUUCAGUAUUAUAGUGUUGUCAGAUGUUUUAUUAAAUGAUGAAACAGGUAUUUUAAGAUAUGUUACAAUUACUAAAUAUUUGAUCUUUAGAAACUUUGCUGAUAUUUAUAAUUUCUGAUGACACGGUGACACUGAUAGUGUACAUUAUUGUAUGUAUUACUGGUAUUUAUACAUUUUAUUGUCAUUUCUCAAGACUACAUAAUAUUAUUAUUAGCUUUGAAUUAAUCUGUCCUCGGUUAAUGUUAUUUUAUUGUCUUUAAACAUGUAAUACUGGGUUUUUUGGCAUAAUUCUCGUCUAAAAUUUCCUUUUUGCUAUUGUGAUAGUCCACGACUUGAAAGUAUUGUGACUUUCAUUAUGAUACAAUAAUAGAGACAAUUUGGCGAUGCUGCAUUAUUAAAUACCCAGUGAGUAUAACGGUCUCUCUAUAAAGUUGAUCAAGUAGAAUACAUUUCCCCAUUUAGACUCAUUUUUUGGGGGAAAUCCUAUUGUUGAAGGCAUUUCCCCCCAGAAAAUGUGUUGUUGAUAUUUUUUGGUCUUUCUGAAAUGGUGCUUUAAGUUUUUAAACUUGCUGUUUAAGUUUUAGUUGUCAUCAUCAUGCUUUGCUUCUGUGUUGUGCCAGUGUUGUGAUGAAUUACGUUUGCAUCCAUGUACUCUACUGUUUUGUUAAAUUUGGAGACUUAGAUGUUAGUAAUAUUUAAUUUUCUUGUUUAACUUUUUUCUCAAAAUCGUACAUCAUUCCACAUUUACAAAUCAAAACACUGACACUCUGAAUUUGAAAUCUGGCAAAGUGACAUUCAAAUGUAUCGGAUCUUUAGCAUUUUGUGUUCUGACCGUUUGUGGUUGACACACAUAAGUCUCUUCCACUUGUUCUGAUAUCCUGUUGUGAGCCAUUUACAUUUUAUCAAGUUGUUUUAAUAUACCUAGUUGUUUAAAUGGGUAGGGGUAUAUGUCAGGUAGUUACAUUUUGGCUCUAAUUGAUACAGUGGAAAUCUGCAUUAUUUUUUUUAAUACUAAUAUGUACUACAAAUGACCGAAAUUAAGAUUUAAUGAAAUCUCACUUACAUAGACACACUCAUAACAAUAAACAAGCAAGUCUGAUUUUAGAAAUCAUUGGUAGAAAUGUUAAGUUUUAACAUACAAAUGGGUUUCUUGAGGAGAAAAUUAAGGCCUAUUGUUAGCUUAAGCUGUUCUAACAAACACCUGUACGUGGUUUCUGUAAACUAUUACAACAGGUGAUUCUAUACUAAUUCUGAGGUAUAUAUAUUUUGGUUUUGUAGACAUGACCCUGCAUGAGUCAUAUUAGAAUGAUUUAACCACUUCCUGUUUUGAUCAUUAACAGUUGUUCACUAAUGGGAAUGUUUUAUCUCUACAUUCCAACCCUAGAAUGAUGCUGAUUCCUGCUUAAAUAUAAACAUUGUCCUCAUCAGUAAGAUAUCACAUGAUCAGUGAGUGCUGUUAUCUCUGAGUGUUUACUGGCCCUGAUGACCUCUUUUGUGUUGAUGGCCUGUUAAGAAACAAUUACUAACUAACCCUUAAAUGUUUAAAAACAUGACAUUUUUUUUAUUUAUUUUUUAUCUAAUUAACAUUUUUUUCGAGUCAAAAUGCUGACUGUUCCUGGAAUAACCCUCAAACUUAACUUGAAUUAAGGGAAGAUAGAAUGGAUAAGUACAGUAUUGAGCAGGAUUUAAGCAUAGUUUCACUGUGUUAUUACCAGACUGACUUGACUGAUAUAAGUUAACAUGUUUAUAUUUUUGCAUUUUAUCUGUAUUGUACAAUUCCUUAUUUAUAACCUACCCAACUGUAUUUGUGUGUGUGUAUUUUUGUUCCAAUGCAUUAUACCAAAUAUCUGCAUUACCACAGGGACUAUUUUUAUGUAUACCAAAUAUCUGUAAUACUACGUAGGACAGAGUGACUAAUAUAAAUUGUCUCUAUUGUGGUAACAAUGACACUACAGCAUUAAAGUAUCAGACCUGAGGCCGUUACAUUUAGGUGAUUGGAACAGCUCUCCCAUAGUUGUUUGAUCCAGAAAUGAGAAUGAACAUGUGUGUGAUAUUAACCUGGGCCUGUAAACGAUUGGAGAAAGGUUCCUGUAGCACAACCAGUGGAGUGUUAAUGUGUGACAUUUCAAUGACUAAUACAGCAGUAAUCUGUCAAUGUCAUCACUCGGUAGCGAAGCGGACGUGAAACCUAUCUAUCAAUCAAGCAGACAGAUCCAUUGUGUAAUGAAGGUGACAAGAUGCAUACAAACUUUGAACAUUCACCUUUCUACAAUCAAUACUUUUACAUGGCAAUUUUAGAGAUACCAGGCUACAGGUAGUCCUGUUUUAAAAAGAAGCCAAAUGGUCGACAACAAGUCCCACACGAUAAAUAAAAAUGUCUGCGUUAAGGAUCCCCGUACCACUGUCAAAAAUGGUGACUAUUUGUCAGGGACUUUCUUUUUGUAUGAUUACAGUUUGAUAAACCUCUGAAAAUAAAAUCAGACCCAGCAGGACUAUUAAAAAAUUAUAUAUACAAAAAAAAAAAGAGGUAUCAGCGGCUGUAUGUAUGAAAAUGUACAAUUUACUUCUCUAGUGUUUUGAAGCAGUGGGACAGGGAUCCUUAAAUGGUAGUUGACCCAUUCCAGCCACACUUAUGUAAAUGGACCUUGGACUUGCAUAUUUAUAGAUUUUCACAGUCAAUAUCUUUUUUCUUUUGUACUUAAUACUUAUAGACAAGGUAAGAAUUUGGAUAACAUUGUUGUAAUUGAAGUUAUAUUAUAUUUUACAUAUAAUCUUAGAACAUGUACACCUUAGAUUGUUUUUGUAAAUGUUAUUGGAAUAUUUGUUUUCAACAAUAGAAAUGGUCUCACGAUUAAUUACUCCACCAGAUCCUAUGUUAUGACUAAACGAUUUGGAAAUCUUGCCAGUAAAUAUAUUAAUUAAUUGUUGAUUUCUGAUGUUCGGUGAAACAAAUGUUAUUGGGGUUAUGUUGUGUACAGUGAAUGAACCAUUUCACUAAGCUGUUUGUCCAGAGUACUUUUUGUAAAGUGCUGUAUAGAUAUCAGUAAUCCUAUGUACUGUACUUGGUAUGGGAGGAAGCUCCUAUCUGUGAUAUAUACUUAUUAUUCUGACGCGUCUCUUUAUAGUUAUACCCAAUGUCAUAAAGAAUAUUUCCAUACAGCCUGUCCUAGUUUAUACUUUUUUUGUACUUAAUUUUGAAACAAAACACUUACAUACAGAUAAGUGGGGAGGGCACACUUACAUACAGAUAAUGCGGAGGGCACACUUACAUACAGAUAAGUGGAGAGGGCACACUUACAUACAGAUAAUUGGGAGGGCACACUUACAUACAGAUAAGUGGGGAGGGCACACUUACAUACAGAUAAGUGGGGAGGGCACACUUGCAUACAGAUAAGUGGGGAGGGCACACUUGCAUACAGAUAAGUGGGGAGGGCACACUUAAAUACAGAUAAGUGGGGAGGGCACACUUAAAUACAGAUAAGUGGGGAGGGCACACUUGCAUACAGAUAAGUGGGGAGGGCACACUUACAUACAGAUAAGUGGUGAGGACACACUUACAUACAGAUAAGUGGUGAGGGCACACUUACAUACAGAUAAGUGGGGAGGGCACACUUACAUACAGAUAAGUAGGGAGGGCACACUUACAUAUAGAUAAGUGGGGAGGGCACACUUACAUACAGAUAAGUAGGGAGGGCACACUUACAUAUAGAUAAGUGGGGAGGGCACACUUCCAUAUAGAUAAGUGGGGAGGGCACACUUACAUACAGAUAGGUGGGGAGGGCACACUUACAUACAGAUAAGUGGUGAGGACACACUUACAUACAGAUAAGUGGUGAGGGCACACUUACAUACAGAUAAGUGGUGAGGACACACUUACAUACAGAUAAGUGGGGAGGGCACACUUACAUAUAGAUAAGUGGGGAUGGCACACUUACAUACAGAUAAGUGGGGAUGGCACACUUACAUACAGAUAAGUGGGGAGGGCACACUUACAUAUAGAUAAGUGGGGUUACUGUAUACUGGGAAACUUAAGCCCAGUCAAAUAUUCUCUGCCCAUAAAAUCCAUGUUCGCCUAGUGUUAAUUUCGCUCUUCACAUGUAACUACUAUAUAUUGUAUGUUGUGUACUAAUAUUCGAUGUCAUGAUAAAUUCACCCUCAUUGUGGCCUCCCACAAAUAAAAGGCGAAAAUUACACAUUGGUAAAAAUUUCUUGUAUACAGUAUUUAGUUAGCCAUUGAAGUUUUGUUUGAAAAUAGGGAGGGUACACCCACAUGUAUGCAAUUAAACUAGCCACUGGCUUACAGUUCUACUACUUUGUGCUGUUAGCAGAUUUGAGCAAAUGAAUUUAAGUUUAGUUACAGUUCUUACAGAUUUUAUCAAUUUUACUUCAUAGGUUUUACUUUGAACUGUGAACACUUGUUAUAGAUGUAUGUGACGUUUUGUUAACUGGUGCAUGUCUGUAUUGAAAGAAUUAUUCACAGAAAUUCCUUGAUAUUGUGUUUAAGUUAAAUGUCAUAUAUAAUAGUUGUACCCUGUGAGUGGCUCUUGGUGAAAAAAAGUAAAUAAAAAAUGUUAGAACAAA